AUGACGGGCAAGAAGAAGCAAAACUCUAAAACAAAACAUGCUCGCCCCGCGAAGCUACAACCGCGGAAGAAGGCUCAUACAACAUCGGACAAGUCACCAAGUCCAGAACAUCCGGAAUUCGAUCUACGAAGGGAUUUUAGAGAAACGAAGCUCAAUGAGAACCGUCUUAGAAAGGUGUCAUCCUCGCCAUACCUUCGCCCAAAAUUCUGCGAGCAACCAUCUUGCAAAGAGAAGAAAAAGGCCCGGGACGAUAAACGUGAUUACGGGCGAAAAUAUAAGAAGAAAAUUGCCAAUAAUUGCAAGACUUAUGAGUCCCUCGACAUCCGCACUGCUGCACAAUUCAUCGAGCCUGCACCAGAAAGCACACUGGACUGGGUCGAAGACUGGUCUGCGCUCAAGACUCCCUUACCCGGUCCACUGGAGGAGGAAGAGGACGCUUGGUAUACUCGCACCCGCAUCAUCAGCUACAUCGUCUUACAUACUUUUCGGGGUGUCAGAGACUGA